AUGACCGGCAAAGUAUUGUUCGGAAUUUUAUCGGCGGAUGAGCCUCAUUUCAGAUCAUUAUGUGAAGCAGCCCUGACAAAAUUGGACAAAAGAAGAUUUGUGCGAAACCUAAGCCGAAUUUUGAAGAUAUUCCAUGUGAAGCUCUCCUCGGAAGCAGAGACUGAAGCUCAAAAAGCAACUGCACAAUUGCGACAUAGCAAACGGGGGAGAAACCGGAUAAACUGGCUCCUGCAGACUUCGAAGACAACGGGAGGCUCUGAUCAAGCGAUUGAGGAACCAGAUACAAGCUUGGAGAAACAGAAAUUCAUCACCAGGACCCCAAUGAAGGACUCUGACGCUGGCUCUGAUGUUGAUUCUGAUGUCAGCUUGGAGUCCGGGUCAUACGGGGCGUUCUCUCACGUUUCCAGCUUGAGGACUUGCUUGCAAGGGACCACGGCAUUCUUGGAUCUUCGGAGGAACUUCAAGUUCUUGUUCAUACCUUACGAUAUAAGGAGUGUACUCGAGUCAAUCUCCAAGGAAGAAAUCUGGGUUUCACAAAGAGCAGGAUGUAUCGCUGGCCAAUCGAGCGAAAGCUUGGAUAGAGGAUAA